AUGCCUGAAAUGUUGACUCACCUGCAUAAGUUGCCUAUGAUGUAUGCAACGUCUUUAGAAAAAAUCAUUAUGAUGUGUUUCAUGACAGAUGAUGCUCAAAAGUUGGGCCUUUAUGCUUUUCAUAUCACUGAGAAAUCUUCGUUCAAAUGUGAACACGAUGAAAAGGCUCUUAGUAUGGUGAAAAAUAAAGCAAGAAAAGGCAUGAGUUGGCCUGAAUUCUUUGAGACAGUAGGCUUAUCAUUUAGUAAAAACUCUGUUUUUGCACAAAAAAAUACUUGCGGCAUUAAAGACACUGCGGAUACGGAAUUGUUUGAUAAAAGUCGUACGACUAUCUACGCUAAUGAAUUACACCUUUUUUGUAGUGGCAUCGAAUUUAUAUUAAUUCAAACCACGGACGACAUGCAGACCUACAUCAUAGAGUGUAUGAUUAAAUCACAACGACUGAUAUCUCAUCCAAAGGAGCACCGGAAUAUUUUGCUGGAAGUCAUGAGUGAUAAAGCUAUUAUGCUGAAUAAACAUGAAAAGCUUAAUCUUCAGAUCCAAUCACUUCAGAAGUCAUUCGCUCUCACACUAAAACAGGUGGAGUACAAAAAAAAGCGCCUGUUGGAAUUUAAGAAAUUUAUUAAUUAUGAGUCAAAGAAGCAAGAGAAUAAUGUAUCUGCGACACUCAAAGAAAGGGAACAGCAGAAAAAUCCAGGUAAUGCAGCAAGGGUGCCUAACCCACUUAUAGAUCACACCUGUAAAGACUUUGAUAACGAAUUAUUGCGUUUAAUUAAGAGUCGAUGGAUAAAAAAGGAGGAGUGCGAUUUAGAAUCCCUUGAUAACCGGGUAGUUCAACCUUACUCUUCUCAGGAACUUACAAAAAAAAUUAAGAACUUUAGGAAUACCCAAUACCAGUCUAUAUGGUACGCACUUGAUAAAAUAGAUGAUUGGGAUUACAGCGUGUUCGACAUACAAAUUGCCAUGACCGGGGAUCAUUGUGAUUCUCUUUCCAAUCAACCCCAUGGGGGAUCCCUUUUUGUGACCUUGUAUGCGCUUUUGUGCAAGUAUAACUUUAUGAACGAGUUCGGAAUGGAUGAACAGAUUGUAUUGAAUUGGAUUAGUGUUGUCGAGGGUGGCUAUCACGCGAAUCCCUAUCACAAUUCCAUGCACGCUGCGGACGUGGUACAAAUUAUUCAUUACAUUCUUACUAAGGGUGGACUUGCUCAUAAGUGCGAGCUUACAAGGCUGCAAAUGUUCGCUGCGAUCUUAGCAGCUGCGAUUCACGAUUUUGAUCAUCCUGGCACCAAUAAUCAGUUCCAUAUCAAAACUCGUAGUUAUUUGGCUACGUUGUACAACGAUCACAGUGUGUUGGAGAACUUACAUCUCUACAGUGUAUUUGAGUUAAUGAAAAAUCCCGAGUUCAACAUCAUGGCGAGCUUUCAUGAGGAACAACGUAGGGAAAUUCGCGAGACGGUGAUCGAAAUGGUGUUGGCUACGGACAUGGGACUGCAUGAAAACUAUCUUUCACAACUUAAAAUAAAGCUUCAGGAAAAUACUGUAUUUACUAAUCAUGAAAACCAGAUUUUUGCCUUGGCAUUGGGACUGAAGAUGGCCGAUGUCUCAAACUGUGGUCGCCCGUUAGACAUAUACUUACAAUGGAGCGCCAAAAUAUCAGAUGAGUUUUAUCAACAAGGUGACCGUGAGAGGCAGUUAGGGAUGUACUGCAGUCCCUUCAUGGAUCGUCUUAAGCCUAACAUAGGAAAAGGACAAGUCGCAUUUAUAAACUUUAUUAUAAUCCCGUUUUUUGUACAACUAGCGGUGCUUCUUCCAAACUUACGCUUUGCUGUUGAUCUUGCAGAGAAGACAAAACAAUACAGAUCUAUGCAGGACACCUUGGAAGAGGAUGUGAUUUCACAUGAUUAUGCUAAAUAA